AUGUCUUCUUCUGUGGAGUCCCUGGUUAUCAGCCGAGUUAUAGGCGAUGUUAUCGACAUGUUUGCUCCUUCUGUGAGCAUGUCAGUGAAAUAUGGCAGCAAGAAUGUGACUAACGGCUGUGUUAUCAAGCCUUCCAUGGCCAUGAAUCCUCCCAAUAUGGUUAUCACUGGCCACCAUGACGACCUCUUUACUCUGAUGAUGACUGACCCAGAUGCACCAAGCCCCAGCGAACCCUCCAUGUGUGAACUAGUCCAUUGGAUUGUGAAGGGUGUGUUGAAUGAGGUAGAGCAACCGAAAACUUGCAACAACUUCAGCACCAGGGCUUUCGCCAAUAAGCUGGAGCUCGGUGUUCCUGUGGCCACCGUCUACUUCAAUGCACGUAAGGAGCCCGCCCACAAGAGGCGCUGA